AUGACCUCAAGGAUAUCCAGCGCGUUUUGCGCCGUAUUCCCGACACAGUCGGCCCACCUCAUCGUCUACAACCGGCAGUGCCAGUUGACGACGAAGUGCCUCGUGGUCACAACCGCCCUCUUCUGGCGCAGUCUUUCCCUGUGCUUACACCUGCGUUGCUACUGCCACCGCAUCCAAUUCCCCAGAUUGUGGACGAUGACCAUCAUCAAGAGCAGAUUCAGGAUGACAUUGACAAUGGAAUCAACUACGAAGCGAACGACAUGA